AUGGCCUGGCUACUUAUGGAGUUGUCCAAUGCCCGCGGGGAAAGUGUAUUUACCGUUCAGAUUCGAGCAGCUCCAACAAUGCUUCCUGGAUCCAACGCCACUCCGGGUGACUGCCCCACCCAUGACAACUCCUACAACUGCCCGCCCUCUUGCGACAAAGGUGUUCCCGGCGACAUGAUCAGCGGCGAAGGAGACAUCGUUCAAUUGGACAAGAUGUACAACCAGAUGAAGACCGAGAGAGACGCUGCCACCGCUGAGGUUGCCUACCUCAAGGCCAAGCCGCAUGGAAAAGGGGAGAGGCUGGAUGGCAGUUUUGCGUACUUCACCAGGAUGUUUAGCGACAUGAAAAAGGAGAGAGAUCUGGCUAAGAAGGAGAGAAACGUGGCCAAGAAGGAGAGGGUUGUUGCCUACAAGGAGAGAGAUUGGGCGCUCGCCAGAGCCGGCAAGGCCAAGCAUAUCCUGGAUAACGACAAUGCCAGUUUCAUCAAGCAGCUCGACGAGGUGAAGCUAGGUAUUGAGGACGGCAAACAGGCCCUUGAAACCGCAAUGGCCAAGUCCGAUCGUGAGAUGAAGAAGAUGGAGGAGUCUUACAACGAGAAGGCCCAAGAGGUGGAAUCUUUGGAGGGCGAGGUCGAGGCCUUGAAUCGUCAAAUUACUGAUCUUGUCAAUGAAGCGGCUUACAACAAGAAGACAACCGUCAACGGGGUCGGCUGGGAUCUUGUCGAAGGGGAUUAUCCUGAGUUAUUGUCCUCAAAACGCCCUCAGCGUCAUGGUCUACCGAUGGCCCAUCUGUCACAGCGCCUUCUCAACAUUUCGGUAGGCGCUCAGAAAUCAACAUUCUGCCAAAAUAUAGCCCUGAGAGCCGUUCAUGUUCCUGCAGGUCUCUCGCGUGAUUUUAGCGCUCGUACAUAUGUAUUCAGGGGUCUGUCAUCAAUUUAG